UAUCGUGCGGAUAUUGUUUCCUGUUCUAAUGAAAUUCGCCCCUUGAUAUAGAUUCUUUUUAAAAUAUUCGUAUAACUGAUAAAUAUGUGACGGAAGGAAAUCAUUUCGAUAUGGCAGAUGACGAGGGUAGUUACUAUAUUGAACUCUGUAAAAAUCCAAUAAGAUUUGACCCUGUAGACAAAGUUACCAACGUUUUCUACGAUGACGCCAACAAACAGGUGUUUACAGUGCGCUCUGGGGGUGCCGUUGGGGUGGUGGUUAAAGGACCAAAAGAAAAAGACAGUAUUACAUUUAGAAUGGAGAGCAGGGGAGAUGUCACUUCCAUAAAAUUUUCUCCGGACAGAAGAAUCUUGGCGAUACAAAGAUCGCCCAAAUCAGUGGAGUUUGUUAAUUUUCGUGAUGAUAUGACAACUGAUCAACUGGAGUACUCACAGACGUGUAAGGGAAAAUCAACAAUUAUUAGUGGAUUUGUGUGGACCUCUUCAAAUGAAAUUGUCUUCAUCACUGAUCAUGGACUGGAAUUUUAUCAGAUAUCUGAAAGAAGGACUCUAAAGUCUCUCAAAACUAUCAGCAUGAGUGUCUGUUGGUUUGUGUGGCUGGUAGAGAGCAGCUGCUUACUGCUGUCAUCUGGUGCUCAAGGGAAUCAGUUGAACCCUUUCUUCUUCAGACCAAGCUUAAUUACUAAACUGGCCAAAUUUGAAGUGGAUUUGCCAGCUGCCCAGAAAACAACAAAACAACCUUUGUUAGAAAGAGACGUCAGUAUGGCCAACAUAUAUGGUCAGCUUUAUGUGAUUGUCCUAAGACACCAGCCUCGACCUGGCUCAGUAGGGGCGGAAAUUGUUUUGUAUCAGAUUCAAAGAGAGGGUGCUGCCCGUAAAACAGACAUAAUGAGAUUGGAUCUCAGUGGGAGAUUUGCCAUAAAUGUUGUUAACAAUAUAAUUGUUGUGCAUCAUCAAGCCUCAAGGACUUCUGUGAUAUUUGACAUCAAUUUGGAUGGUGAAUCCGAUGGAUUUGUGAGGUACCAUCAUCCUGUGGUGUCACCGCUACCCAUCAGGCCUUUCAAACUCCUCCUGCCCUCACUUGGUAUCCAAGCUGGUCAAAGUAAAAUGGAGUACAACUGUGAACUUUAUUCAGCAAACUGGGUUGUUUUUCAGCCCAACGUAAUUAUUGAUGCAAAGUUAGGCUGUUUGUGGUACGUGGAACUGAAGCUAGAACCUGUAGUCACGAUGAUUCCAGACAAGUAUCGCCUGGUAAAGUUCCUGAUAGCACGAGAUGACAGUAAGCGUGUAAUUCUGAAUGUUUGUCGCAGUAUGCUCUCCCCAGAGAGUCAGGCAACCUUAUCCUCCAUAUCCAAAGUGCUGGAUAUGCUGAACAGGGUGUACCAGGGUUAUCUGGAUGCAGAAAUUCACAUACUGGCAGGUGAGCAGCCAGCUAGAGUGGACCCAGCGAUGAAGGUGGUGAUCGACCAGUCUGACAUGUACACCCAUGUCUUCUCAGUGUUUGAGGACAAUAAGAACAUGAAGUAUAAAUUCAUGGUGGCUACGCUCAUUGAAUACAUCCGAUCCCUUAGUGAGAACAACAUCACAGUUCAGCAUUACUUAUAUGAAUUGAUCAUCAACAUUCUAGUGCACAAUAACUGUUUCUACCAGCUUCAUCAAUUUCUGCAGUACCAUGUCCUUCAAGACUCUAAACCACUCGCCUGUCUGAUGCUGUCACUAGAAAGUGUUUAUCCUCCAGCCCACCAACUGGCUCUAGACAUGCUAAAGAGGUUGUCCACUGCAAAUGAGGAAAUCAUUGAAGUCCUUUUAUCAAAACAGCAGCUUUUACCAGCUUUGAGAUUCAUAAGAAGUGUGAACAUCGUAGAUUCAGUGUCGUCACGAAAGUUUUUAGAAGCAGCCAUGAAUACAGAUGAUGCUAUGCUGUUUUACACGGUGUUUAAAUUCUUUGAACAAAGAAACAUGAAAAUUCGAGGAAAACCAAAAUUUCAACCAGGGGAACAUUGUGAGAUGUAUGUUAAGCAUUUUGAGAGUCUGUUUGGAACUGAUGCUCUUGCAGAAAUUGUCCUAGCAAGCUGAUGAGAUGUUGUUUCAGAACAAAUAUGAUUAUGAACAAGCACAGAGACAUUGUUCUAUUCACUACAGAUGUAAUCCAUGGACUGGUUGACAUAUCAAUUCAAUAACACCCAUAGGAUUUAGUUUUAUACAAUGGAUAACACUUGAUCUUUACGUGGGAAAUCAUUUCCAGAAGCAUCAAAUGCAGAUUUUCUCUGCAAUAUAUUUAUCUGUAUGCAAAUAUGAAUAAAUGAUAUCCAUGCA